AUGUUUAAAAGACGAAAACUAUUAAUUGCAACAGAGUAUAACGACAGUGAUUCGUCAGUAUCAUCUGAUGAUGACAAGGAUAAAGAAGAACAUAUAGUUUUAAUAAAAAAAAAACCAACAAUAGCAAAGCAUGAGGCCGAAAGAAUAGAACAACACGACUCUGUUAAUAAUCCCGCAGAAACAGGACGUAAGGCUAAUUCUUCUUCUAAAGCUAAUAUCGCUAGGACAAAACCUGUUGAUGUCGACCACGAAAGCACCAAGUUGCCAGAUAAUUUACAGGAAAAUCUAUUCAAAAUAUUUGAAAACAAUGAUUUAAAUCCAUAUGGUGCAUACGAAUCUGAACUUAAAAAAGUUUUUGUCGAACCAUUGGUUUCUUUAAGUAAAUCUGAAGAUAUUGAAAAGAUAUUUGACAUAUGGUGUAUUUCAAAAGUAUCCAAUGCUGGUAAUGGGAAUGAUUUUAAAGAUGAAAACGGUCAUCAAGUUCGAAAUUAUUCCAAAUAUCAUGACAUAGCGGAACAUGUAGCUAACUUUAAACCUCUAACUAAAACAACAAUUUUUUAUGAUAUUGCACAAAAAAAUAGAUAUUUAUUUGAAAACACAAAGGGGAAUGAUAAUAACAAUAAUGGUGCAAAUACAAUAACACUAAAACAAAAGAAAGAAUUUGUGUCCAGACUACUAUACUACUAUAAAUAUGUAAGUUUAGGUGAUAGAAAGAAUAUUUUUAUAAAGCUAUUACAAAGAUAUAAAAGCAGAUUUAAUUUAAAGACGCCAUUGGAUUCGAAAACACGGGAUAAACAAGCGAUCAUAGAACAACUAUUGAAAAUUGAGGAUGCUGUCUUGGUUAUCCAUGGUAAGAAUUCGGAAUUGCAGAAUAAUAUACAUUAUUAUGUGUUAUCUGUCAAAGACAAAUAUGAUACAAUAUUAGAAUUUGUAAAGUAA